AUGAUAAUGCAUGAAUGGGAUGUACUGAACGUACUUGCCAAACAUUGUUCACCCCGCUUCUUUUUAAUUGGUUUGCCUGGUUUCACCAUGAUGGUUGGAGAUUUCAUCACAGUUGCAACCCAAGUCCUCAAUUCAGAUGUGGUGGAUGCACCGCGAUAUGAAGCACAGAUUCUUCUUGGAUCUCUGGUUUGUUUUCCUAAUCUAUACCAACAGAUGUCACUGCUACAGCCUGUAACUGGUGCUGCUGACAUCAUCACAGGGAAUGAAGAUAUCAAGGAUUACUUGAUAAAUAUUCUGAUAAAAAAUGCAAGGAAUGAAACCUGUGAGACUGCACGAUGUAUAGCGAUGUGUAGUCUUGGAAUCUGGAUUAGUGAAGAGCUGGUGCAGUGUACAAACCACACACAGGUCCAAGAUGCACUGAAUGUGUUAGGGGUGACACUUAAGUUUUCAAACAAAGUGGUUGCUGAAGUGGCAUGUGACAUGCUAAAGCUGUUGGUUAUUCACAUGGAACUGCUUGAGAAGUAUGAAUCACAGCUUCCCAAAAAAAUUGCUGAGAUCCUUGUGGCUACUAUUGCAUUUCUGCUGCCAAGUGCAGAACACUCAUCCGUCGAUGCAGAUAAACGGUUAAUAGUAUCUCUGUUGCUCUGCCUCUUGGAUUGGUGCAUGGCAAUGUCUGUGGAGGCACUACUGGAACCUAUUAGUGCAACUUUGAUGGAAGACCAAAUGGCACGCAAAGCACCUUUACUAGACUAUGUCUACAGGGUGUUGCAUUCCUGUGUUUAUGGCUCUCACCUCUUCACCCAACAAAGCCAAUACCUGCUGACUCUUGCUGAUGUCUCCUCCACAGAAUAUGAUCCAUUUUUGACAUUGGGAAAUGUCAAGAAUUCUGAAGCUGCUCAUUCAUAUGUCCCUAAGGAUUUUGGCAGCCUUCUUACUAUCACUGAAAGUAAGAAGAAAAGAAAUUUGGAUUGGAUCCCUCUUACAGCACGCAUGGUAAUGGCUCACCUGAUUAAUCAUCUAGGUCAUUAUCCGCUCAGUGGAGGUCCUGCUGUACUUCACAGCCUCAUCAGUGAGAACCAUGACAACCCCUAUAUUGAAUCAUCAGACCUAUCUGCUGAGGUUUUCAAAAGCCCAAAUUUGCAACUUUUUGUACUUAAUGACAGCACCCUAAUUUCCUACCUUCAGAUUCCUACAGAAGCAGUUUUCCGUGAAAAAAUCUCCAACAGUGAACCAAACAUUCCUGCCUCGGAUGUGAGGAUAAUUGUGCGUGACAUCUCUGGGAAGUAUUCUUGGGAUGGUCAGAUUCUACAUGGCCCCUUCAGCAAUCAGCUGACUGCUGUGAAAAACUGUAAUACAUUUUAUUCAAAUACUACCUUCAUUGCUGAUGGUCAGUCUGACCCACUAAUUUCAAACUGCAUUUCUCCUGAAAUGGAGCAUGACGAUCUUGAUCAUUUGCUUGAAAAUUUAAGUAACAGUAGUCCAGAAUGCCUACCACAUCCACAGCUGGGACUCAGUGAGCCAGCACCACUACCAAUUGGAAUGAAUCAUGACCAAGAAAGAAAUAUCAUAGAUGCUAUAACCAGACAGAACAAUCGUGAAGAGGAAUACAUCCAUAAGUGGAGCAGAGAUCUUUGCAUGAGUGUGACCAGUCAAAAAGAAUCUGUUCAUCAUGAACCUCGGGCACAAUUUUACUACUGCAGACUAUUUCUUAAUGACAUGGGGAUGAAUUCUUGGGAAAGAAGGAAUAGUUUUCAUCUUCUGAAGAAAAACUCAAAACUAUUAAGGGAACUUAAAAAUUUGGACUCAAGACAGUGUCGGGAAACUCAUAAGAUUGCAGUGUUUUACAUUAUGGAAGGACAGGAAGACAAAUAUUCAAUUCUAUCCAACACUGGAGGAAGCCAAGCAUAUGAAAACCUUGUCUCUGGGCUUGGCUGGGAGAUUGACCUUUCUACGCAUUGUGGUUUUAUGGGUGGUCUGCAACGUAAUGGCAGUACAGGACAAACUGCACCUUACUAUGCUACCUCCACUGUGGAAGUCAUUUUCCAUGUUUCCACACGAAUGCCAUCAGACUCUGAUGACUCAUUAACUAAAAAGCUCCGUCAUCUGGGAAAUGACGAAGUUCACAUCAUCUGGUCUGAGCACACAAGGGACUACCGCAGGGGCAUCAUUCCUACAGAUUUCGGUGAUGUCUUGAUCAUCAUUUAUCCAAUGAAAAACUGCAUGUUCUACAUUCAGAUUUUAAAAAAGCCAGAAGUCCCAUUUUUUGGUCCUCUUUUUGAUGGAGCCAUUGUGAAUGAAAAACUUCUGCCAAGUCUUGUUCGUGCCACAGGCAUCAAUGCCAGUCGAGCUGUGAAGUCACUUAUACCCCUCUACCAGAGCUUUUAUGAAGAAAGAGCUCAGUAUGUUGAAGCAAUAGUUCAGCAACACAAAGAGAUCAUGACAUUUGAAGAUUUUGCAGCUCAAGUCUUCUCUCCAUCCCCAAGCUACUCGCUUAGUAACAUGGGUUCUCUUAAUGGAAAUCUAAGCACUGAAAUGCCCUCUGCUGUGGGUACUAUCCUUGCAGAUCAGACUUCCCCGCCACUGCCACAUGCCACAAAAACCAACGUCUCUGGGAAACUUCGUCGCUCUGCCAGUUCAUUAAGCAAAUCUUCAAACUGAAAAAAACACUUUACACAGACAAGUUGUGAGCUGAGGCUUGCUUUCUAGCCUCUUCAAUUUUGUACUCACAUUCUGCCCAUAAAAUGACAUCAAUUUUGAAUGGAAUUUGAACUUUCUUUCUUUGAUAUCAAGUUAAAUUUCAGAAGCAAGGUGCAGAGAGGGAAUGGUAUAAACCUGAAUGGCACUAUAAGGUUCCAAAACUGGGGUAACCCAUUUAAAGUAUAAAUGUCAGCAUUGUGGAGGUGAUAGGAGAUGUUGUGGUGUAAGGGCAUUAUGAUAAUACCUCCAGCUGUCUUGAAAUGGAUGCAUGAUGUGAUGUCAUACCAUGCCAUACCAACUGUAACUGUAGCAUGUGAUAUCACUUACAGUAUGAAGUCAUUGCUGGCUGCUUAGAGAGACCUUCGAAUGAUGACCAAACUUGAGACUGUCACGCACAGGUAUUAUGUUAAAUGUAAUUCUGACAGAUUGAAAAUGGACUCAGCUUACAGCUCUGUGGUUAUGACAUUGCAGUUAUCAUGAUACUAGCCAGGCACUCUAAACCUUGAAUUAAAACCGUAACCUUCUUAAUAUUUUCAGUUAAUAUUAUGCCAUGAUGGGAAAAUGAGGCCCCUUCUUUCUCAGCUGCAAAGUGAGGACUGUCAACAGGAACCUUGAGGAUUUUAAAAAAAAAAUCAGUGAAAUUAUUAUCUAAAAAGUCUCAGCUAUAAUUACUUGUAUGAACAUUAUCUGUUUGUAUAAGGAUGUAUCCAGUGGCCUGUAAUUUGGUCUACCUGAUUUUCCAGCUUUCUAAUCAGCAACAGGCUCUUUUCUUAUACUCCUCCUCCUUCAUUCCAUUAAAUGAGACGCUGCGAUACUCAAGUCUAGUAUGGUUAAAGUUUAAAAAGUUACCUAGAAUUGUAAGUUGGUAAAACUCUACUGCUGUGGUCUUGUAGAUUAAAUAAAGCACCAGAACCAGUGGAGCAACCACUGAGCCAUUCACCCACAUGUCACAUUGUGUCUCUGCAUUUGAUUAUUUGCAUUAUGUUUGAGUGACUACAUAUCAGGGAAGCAAAGGGAAAAGCUUUUUAAAUUAUCUUUUUUAUCCUGUUCUUUGUAAGACAAAUUUAUGACUACAAUCAAAGAAAGAAUAAUGUUCAGAUUUCCACAUAAGGCAAACUUGCUAUUUUAAUAUUUACAUUAAUCUUAAAUUAUUUUGCUGUUACAAGUUACAAGCACAAAUACAACAGGAGGAUAAUACAAAACAAGCAUUUGAGCUAAUUUGGAGAUGAGAGUAUAUCAUGCAUAACUUAUUUGAUGCCUAAAUGGUGUAUUACCAUACAGAAAAUAUUUAUCGGAAGCUCUGACAAGCUUUCAACCUGGAACUGUUAACUGAGUUGUCUCCUGCACAAGCUACAUCUAAUUAUAAACUAUAUUUGUUAUUAAAAUGGUGAAACAUGAGAGUUAAAAUGCUUGAGGUUCCAAUCUUAGACUGCAAAUUUUUAUUUACCUUGUUUAUAUUGUAUGCAUCCCCAAAUAUUUAGUUGUCAUUUCAGAAAGGAAUAUGGCCAUGAUGGGAUAAUACUUCUAAAGGUGCUGCAUUAUGGAAUCCAUCAUUCAGUCUUGGCCUAUUCUGGAAAAUUCUAAAUCAACAGCCAUCAGGUUGUUUUGAAUUUUUGCCAUCCAACUGCACUUUUAGCCACAGCUUCAAAGCACUGAAUGUUAGGACCAGAUUCUGCUAGUUUUCGUCAUUUUGAUGCAUUUAGCCACAAGUAAACCUAGAGGCAAAACCACUGCACAUGUAGAUAAUUAAUUUGGACUUUUCUACUGAAGAUUAUUUGUCACUUCUUGUGACUUGAAGAUUGUGACAAAUGGAACAGUAAUUUCAUUACAAUUUUAUAUGUGUGUGUUUUUGUAGCUCAUUUCAUUUUUUUAUCAUCCUCCUGGAAACCUUUCUGUCUUCCUGUAUGCUUCAAUCAGCAUUGACAUAUGGGCUAUCUGGACUAUUUAUUGCUGAAAUGAUGUAUUGUUGAGUACUCUAAACAGAAGAAAUGUAAGAAUUUGAUCUUCCAAGUUCUAUUGAUGCCUACUAAUGGGAUUUUUUUUACAGUGAGAACUUUAAUGUUCUGAAGUGAUGUUACUUAUGUGUUUAUCUUUGAAUUAUAUGACAGUACUGUUUCUGUUGCACUUGUUCUUUGUGUACCAGUCAUGUGAAUGUGCUCUUUGGCUGUCAGAUGUAUAAUGCUUUAUUUUUAUUAUAUAUGUAAAUAUGGAGUAAUAUUUGAUAAGCAAAUUAUAAAAAGUAGCCUUUGUAAGUUAUGAUUCAACUCCUCCAUCUGGCUGUUGGCUUGAGUCAAUUAUUGUGCUUCUUUAAAAAUAUAGCCUCAGGUGAUCUGCACUGAUCAUAUGGAACAUAAAAUUUGAAAUGCAGUCUUGUAGUGUUAACAUAAUUUUCAUUUGAAGUGGCAUCCUUCCUUACCAUGUUACAACUAAUAAUUGUACCUUCCUAUAAAAAAAUCAUUUCUAAAUAGUUGUCAACUUAACUUUGAUUUAUCUAUUUUUUUGAAGAAUCUUUCUCAGUAAGAACAGCUUUUUAAGAAUGUUUACUUUAGAGGUGUGUGACUUUCUAAUAAUCAAUAUUGUAAAGCAGAAUUAAAGAAGUGCACUCACACAGCCUUUACACAUUUCCUAAUUCACAAUGUCCAACCUGAAUUUGAAAAUGCCAUGUGCCUCCUGCUUCUGUUGAUGUCUGAGGAGGUUAAUAAGUGUCUAGAUAAAUGCCAUCUAAAUUUGAGUAUGUGUACUCAUCUGAAUUAUGCCUCAAUUACUUAAUUUAUGCCAAAAUAUAUGUUGAUCAGUUUAUAUCACCAUAUUCUUAACCUCAAGUGGCUCACAGUUCAUGGAAUUGUGGGGAUUCUCAUCUAAAUGUGUCAUUAGUUCAACAGGCAAAAUGUGAUUGCAGAAAAUUUCCAACUUUCUACUUUUCAGUUCACUUUAGACUAAAGGUUAAAAUAGAAUUGAUCCCACUGAAGAUUAUGUCUUCCAUUAAAUGAGCAAACCUGCCCCCUUCUGAAUUUUCUCCUAUGUGUCAAUCACUAUAAACUGGAUAUAAACAUUUAAUCCUUAUGGUUAAAGUUUCAGUUUUAACUGACUGUAAUAUAAUACAGCACUAUGUGAAUUCUAGUUAGUUUAAUUCAGAGGUAUAGUGUGGUGAAGUUCAAAAGCAAUAGAAAAUAGAAGACUCUUGUGCCUUUAUUACAGUUAUAUAACUCCAAAAUACUUGAGUGUUCAUCAGAUACUUUCUAACCCUUUAUUAAUGUAUAUAUUGUGUAAAGUUUUCUCGUCACACUGGACAUGUUUUAAACAUACAUCAGUUGCCAAAGAACUCUUAACUUGCUGAAAUAUGUCCUUCAUCACUCCUGUAAAUGCUGAAUACAGAUGCUGAUUACUUAACUGUAUAGCUUUUUUACGUUUGUUGGUUUGUACCAGGAAAGGUUAUAAAGCAAUUUGAAUAUUUAACUUGAAAUACUUUCCACAUGAAUUUAAAAUAAUAUUUUGUAGAACCAGAUUAAGUAUCUCAGAGUUCCUCUUGUUAAGCAACUGACACUAAUUUUGUAGAGACACUGGGCCUGUGGCAUUUUAUAUUCGAGUUUUCAUCAAAUAAGCUCUGAGGUUUAUCUUCUGGGCUUAAGGAAGAGGUGGGUAAAGAACUGCAUCUGAAGCGUGAUUAAUUAAUGCUGAACAACCAAACCCGUCCUCAACUAAAAUGGAUAUUGACUUGUAUUGAAAAGUCAUACCAUUUUAGUGUUUAUCUUAAAAUAUGUUCCAACUAAAUUUAAAAUAUUCAGUUUGUGUAGGUUUAAUCUUCAAAUAUCUCCUGACUUUGUUUUUCAAUUUGAGUAGGAACAUUUGACAAUUUGCAGUUUUUUGGUGACCUAUUGGCAAAUGAUAAGUAGUGCUGUAUUACACAAUACUGUACUUUGUGUUAUCUAAAUAUUAGAAGAGUUGGAGUAAUAGGCAUACAGUAUUUUUCUACACGUGUAGAUUCUCCAGGUUAACCCAACACAAUUUAUCAACAUCAUGCAUUGUAGUUCAUGGGAAUAUCAGAAUGCUUGAAAAGUUGUCUCUUGGCUCCAGUAUGUUUCUGGCACACAUCCAAAUUAUGUCUGAACAAAAUUUUGUUUAUUCAUCGUGGAUUCCCAUCUAACUGCUUUUGCAUUGCUCCCUCCCCAUCUCCCCCCUUAAGAAGGUCUCAUUGUUGCUCACACUAGUAAAAGCAAGUAAUGAUAUUGCAAAAUUCUAGUUACGAGCCUUGAACCACCAGUGAAUUUUCUAAAAAUGAUAAAGAAUUGGUUUUGAAAUUCUGUGUUUAAAAAUGUGGCUGUUAUAAUUGCUUCCAUAUUAUCUUGUGGAGACGGUCAGUGAUGCAAUUAAUUAUUAACUACACAUCUGGAGCAGCUUAGUGACACUUUUUAGUACCCCCUCGUUAUACAUUAUUUGAACAGCCUCAAAUGAAAGACUUUUCUUGUCCAGUGAAUCAUCUUGAUAGCUGUAGCACCAUUUUCAUUAUUACACUGUUCUUACUACUAGUCAUCCUAAUUUAAUUGUUCAAGUAAUUGUGCUUUCUUAAAGGAUAACAAAAUCUCAAAAUGCAGUACCAACCGCAUGACUCACUUCUUUCAGGUGAUCUUGUUCCAACAUGGCAAAUGCCAUUGAAAAUGCUAUACAGAAUAUCUAGCAUUAGUAUAAUUGGAUCAUCAGAUCUCACUUAAGAUGGUGGGCAAGCAGACUGCCUUCUCAAUGCAUUUGUGUAGUCAUCUAUCAGAAGCUUCCCAAGAAUGACACCACCACUGCUGUGGAAUCACAUGACCCACAUCAUUCUAGGAACAAUUGCUAACCAAUAUGUGUUCUGUACUUCAUUUCAGUCAUUUCACACUCAAAGGUUGUCACAUUUAUAUACUUUUGAGAGACUUCACAGAAUGAACCUUGCACUGUUGUUAAUUGGCUUAUUAAAAAGAGAAACCAACAUUAUUUUUGUUCUCCCACCAAUCAGACUACUUAAGCAUUUAGCAUACAGCAUUUUAAAUAAUGUGGCUAAAUUCGUUCAAACAUAGAAAAAUUUUACUAUUGAGUCUGAAAUUUAGAGGUGCUUAUGAUGUUUUCCUUGAUCUAAACAUAGCCUGAAUAAAGGUAGCUAGAUAAUUGUAAAUAUAUUAAAACUAAUAAAAUUAUUACAAAUUAUUAUUUCAAAAUCUAGAAAUACUGCUGUACUUCCAACCAUAAAGCAAAAUCAAACUAAUUGACUGAAGUCACCCUGCUGAACUGAUCUUAGAAACCGCUUGAGGUAUAAUGAUUAGCUUUUUAGAAUUUUAAGAAACUCCUUUUGAAUCGCAAUCCAUGGAGAAUAUUAAAGGUAUGUAUGAGCCUCUUGAUACUCAAUCUCAAUUGUGAAUGUAAAAGAUGGUGUAGAAAAUAUUAGUUUAAAAUCAGCUAUUUCAGUGUGAAGAUGCCUGCUGUGGGCAGUUUUCUCAAUGUAUUUCCUGUUGCCUCGGUAGCAGUAUAGGAAAGUGAGAAUAGCAGCUGAGCCAAGCAUUACAAUUUGUGUUGUAUCCAGCGUUAGCAUCUCUUGUUCUGUCUCACUAAAUCAACACAAAGUGAAUGAAGAAAAGAAAUCAAAUAACUGGAAGGAGAAAUGAUCUGGACACUUGCACGCAUAAGACUUAGAUGUUUGUUCAGAGUAUUUACAAAGGUUUACAAAGGUUUAAUCUUUCAAGUCUUCGCCAUCAAAUAUGAAUAAAAUUAGCCAGUCUUGGUCUUUGAUAUCACAUGAAAAAGUUAUUUUAAAUGCUCUCUUUCUGUUGCUCAUUCUGUAAAAUAAUGGUUUAUGAAAGGAGAAAGCUUGAGAAUGCUUAUCUAUAUUAACAUUAUCAAAAAUAUUUUAAGAUGAAAGUUCAGGAUGCCUUUGUGAAUUGUUAUGAAGAAAGAUGUCAUUAAAAAUUGAGUUCACACUAA